AUGUCGAGAGCUUUGGAUGACGAUGUCAAGAGGGCAAUUGAGCAUGGCGACCAUGAGCAGGUUUUCACCAGAAUCGCGGAUGCGCUGUCGCAGCGACUGCCGGAGUUGUUGGAGAUUGAACUGCUGGGGCGAAGCCACAUGGUCGAUGGACAGACGAUACUGCUACAAGAUGGACCAGCAAUAGCGGUGCCAAAGCUACGAUUGGUGCAGGCUUUUCUUUAUGCCCGCAGGAUACUUCGAAAACACGUGGAAGGAUUGCGGGAUGAGACCAGCGACGAUGGGCUCGUGUUGAGAGCGACAACCGUGAUGCUCUUGAUGGACCCCGAACAUCUUACCGCCGCAAACACGAGAAAGAGGCUGCUCCAACACACGAUCAAGUCAGGCACAGACAUUGAGUCAAGGCUUUACGAUGAACAGUACCUGAUAGACAGCCUCCUUACAAGCCGCCUCCAUCGCCAUACGAAAUCGCCCACGCUAUGGAGCCAUCGCCAAUGGCUGAUGCAGCGCUUCCAAGAUGACGGCCUCGAGAUAGACGCCACAGACACCAUGAAAAGAGUCAUCUCGGUAGCCGCCGAGCGACACCCACGCAACUACUACGCCUGGCUUCACGCGCGGUACCUGACCAAGGCCGUGUCCGAGAAGACGGCGUCGCGAGGGGACAAGGACAACAACCUCCCGGGCGUGCUAGACAACCUCUCGGGCAUGCUGGACGCGGCGAAGAAAUGGGCCAUGGCCCACCACGACGACAUCUCCGGGUGGGCGUUUCUCAUGUUCUUCCUGGACCGGCACCCGGAAUACGCGGCGUCGGUUGUUAGCGAGGCGACGAGGCUGGCGGCUUCAUUUCACUGGCGGAAUGAGUCUGUGUGGGGUCGAGUCUACGAGGCUGGCGCUGCUGAGCGGCGUGGAGGAAAAGUCGGAUGGAGCGAGAUUCUUGGAACAGGCAUCGAGUUGGAUCCGGACCUAUAA